UACGAUAGUCGACAGUAUAGAGAGCAACCGUAACGACAUCGAAAAUUUUUCAGUCUAAAUUACAAACUCGUCAAAAAGUUCACGAUGAAGUUGUUUGUGGUUCUUGCCGCUAUCGUUGUACUGUUUCAGCUGGUUUCCGCUAGAUUAGUGAUAGACGCAAAGGAAUGCGGUUCCAAUGAAGAGUUCCAGAAGUGUCAAAGCUGCUGUGAAAAUAGCUGCAUACUGAAUUGCGCGGUUGUUAGAUGUAUGAAACCGAUCUGCACUCCUGGAUGUGUCUGUAGCAGUGGAUUCGUUCGCGAUCCGUCAAGCGGAAAGUGUAUCAGUGCUAAAGCUUGUCCCAUGCGAGGGGUUUUGGAAUUAGCGCAAAAGCAAUAGGUUAUACUUGUUGCAUUUUUCGAUCCAAGGAAACAAUAAAUGAAAGCCGUCUGGUAUUCGAUUCUUCAGAAAUUUAUUUUUUUCUUUU